AUGCCUGCACCAAAACUCACGGAGAAAUCAGCCUCUUCCAGGAGCACACAGGAAACUACAAAUUCCAAUUCCAUCAAGGCCAAAGGCGCCAAGACGUCGGCUGAACAGGCGUACGUUUACAGAGAGCCUAGCGCUACCAAGAAGAUACUGUACUCCAUCGCCACAUGGCUGUUGUACAACAUCUUCCACUGCUUCUUUAGAGAAAUCAGAGGUCGUGGUAGUUUCAAAGUACCGCAACAGGGGCCCGUGAUCUUUGUUGCAGCUCCGCAUGCUAACCAGUUCGUCGACCCCGUUAUCCUCAUGGGCGAGGUGAAGAAAUCUGUCAACAGACGUGUGUCAUUCUUGAUUGCGGAGAACUCAUUAAAGCAACCCGCCAUUGGUUUUUUGGCCAGUUUCUUUAUGGCCAUAGGCGUGGUUAGGCCGCAGGACAAUUUGAAACCGGCAAAAGGCACUAUCCGUGUAGAUCCAACAGACUACAAGAGGGUCAUUGGCCACGAUACACAUUUCUUGACUGAUUGUAUGCCAAAAGGUCUCAUCGGGUUACCAAAAUCCAUGGGAUUUGGAGAAAUCCAGUCCAUAGAGAGUGACACGAGUUUGACUUUGAGAAAAGAGUUCAAAAUGGUCAAGCCGGAGGUUAAGACCGCUCUACUCAACGGCACUAGCUAUAAAUAUGCCGCUAAAGUUGACCAAUCUUGCGUUUACCACAGAGUUUUUGAGCAUUUGGCCCACAACAACUGCAUUGGGAUCUUUCCUGAAGGUGGGUCCCACGAUAGGACAGACUUGUUGCCCUUGAAAGCAGGUGUGGCGAUUAUGGCUCUUGGCUGCAUGGAUCAGCAUCCUGACGUCAAUGUUAAGAUUGUUCCUUGCGGUAUGAAUUAUUUCCAUCCACACAAGUUUAGGUCGAGGGCGGUUGUCGAAUUUGGAGACCCCAUUGAAAUACCGAAGGAACUAGUCGCCAAGUAUCACAACCCGGAAACGAACAGAGAGGCAGUGAAAGAGUUGUUGGAUACCAUAUCUAAGGGUUUACAAUCCGUCACUGUUACAUGUUCCGACUAUGAAACUUUGAUGGUGGUUCAAACGAUAAGAAGACUAUACAUGACCCAAUUCAGCACCAAAUUACCGUUGCCCUUGAUUGUGGAAAUGAAUAGAAGAAUGGUCAAAGGUUACGAGUUUUAUAGAAACGAUCCUAAAAUAGCGGACUUGACAAAAGAUAUAAUGGCAUAUAAUGCCGCCUUGAGGCACUAUAAUCUUCCCGAUCACCUGGUGGAGGAGGCAAAGGUAAAUUUCGCCAAGAAUCUCGGACUUGUUUUCUUUAGAUCCAUUGGGCUCUGCAUCCUCUUUUCCUUAGCCAUGCCCGGUAUCAUUAUGUUCUCACCAGUCUUUAUCCUGGCCAAGAGAAUUUCCCAAGAAAAGGCUCGUACCGCUUUAUCCAAGUCUACAGUUAAGAUAAAGGCUAACGAUGUCAUUGCCACGUGGAAAAUCUUGAUUGGGAUGGGGUUUGCACCCUUACUUUACAUAUUUUGGUCCGUUUUAAUCACUUAUUACCUCAGACAUAAACCGUGGAAUAAUAUAUAUAUUUUUUCCGGGUCUUAUAUCUCGUGUGUUAUAGUCACGUAUUCUGCUUUGAUCGUAGGUGACAUCGGUAUGGAUGGUUUCAAAUCUUUAAGACCAUUAGUCUUGUCUCUCACGUCCCCAAAGGGUUUGCAAAAACUGCAGAAGGAUCGUAGAAAUCUGGCUGAAAGAAUAAUCGAAGUUGUCAAUAACUUUGGAAGCGAAUUGUUCCCCGAUUUCGACAGCGCCGCAUUACGUGAAGAAUUCGACGUUAUCGAUGAAGAGGAAGAAGACAGAAAAACUUCAGAAUUGAAUCGCAGAAAAUUGCUAAGAAAACAAAAAAUAAGAAGACAAGAAAGAGAUCCGUUAUCAUCUACUAUCAAUCAACAUGACAAUCAGGAAACUUACGAACACCAUAACCAAGAUUCAGAUGGCGUCUCAUUGGUCAAUAGUGAUAAUUCUCUCUCUAACAUCCCAUUAUUUUCCUCCACGUUCCAUCGUAAAUCAGAGUCCUCCCUAGCAUCAACAUCCGUUGCGCCUUCUUCUUCUUCCGAAUUCGAAAUAGAUAACGAGAUUUUGGAAGAAAAGAACGGGUUGGCAAGUAAAAUCGCACAGGCUGUUUUGAACAAGAGAAUCGGUGAAAAUGCUGCUAGGGAAGAAGAAGAAAAUCAACAACAGCAACAAGAAGGGGAAGAAGGAGAUGCGUAG